AUGCUAUGUCAUAGUCUUAGCAUUAUCCAUGUUAACAUGAGAAAGUUGGUCUACUUUGUUCACUUGCCAUGUAAAAACGUGCAAUGCAAUAAUGGUGUAAAUGUCUGUUAUAUAUUUGAAUCCAUUCAUACCCUCUGGCCAUCGGCUAUCAUCACCGGUGAUCAUAUCUACGCCGUCGUACAGAUUGCGGGCCAAUUCGUCGGUGUUGUUGGACAGCGGGAACCGACCGGCGAUACCACUGAUUACUACAUCGAAUAA